UCCUAGCGAUCCGCCCCGCACACCGGUCUUCCUCUUUAGUAACACACAUGGCGCCCAAGGACAAGGGAAAGACGAAAGCUGGUGCCUCUGCCAAAUCCAGCGAGACUUCUAAAGCCCAGAAGGCUAAAAAGUCUGUGCUGAAGGGUGUUCAGAGAACGCCAAAAAGGAAAGUGCGUACAAAUGUCCAUUUUUAUCGCCCUAAAACUCUCAGCCUCCGAAGAACCCCUAAGUACCCAAGGCAUUCUGCUCCAAGGACCAAUAAACUUGACCACUAUGCCAUCAUCAAGCAUCCUUUGACCACGGAGUCAGCGAUGAAGAAAAUUGAAGACAAUAACACUCUUGUGUUCAUUGUCGAUGUGCGAGCUAACAAGCCCCAAAUCAAGGCAUCUGUGAAGAAGUUGUAUGACAUUGAUGCCUCGAAAGUCAACACCCUCAUCAGACCUGAUGGACAGAAGAAAGCCUAUGUGAGGUUGGCUCCAGACUAUGAUGCUCUGGAUGUUGCUAACAAGAUUGGAAUCAUCUAAGUUAGUCAGGAACAGAUGCAGCAAUAAAAUUUGAUUAUUAACAAAA